GAGCCAUGGCCGACGAGUCGAAAGCGCACCUAAUCUUCACGUACGGCACGCUCAAGCGAGGUUUCCCGAACUACACACUCAUUCAAUCCCUAGUCGACCAAAACGAUGCCGUUUUCCUCGGCCCCCACAUUACCCUUCACGCCUACCCGCUCGUCUGCGGGCCCCACGGCAUCCCCUUCCUGAUCAACCUCCCCGGGUCGGGCUUCCGGGUCACGAGCGAUCUCUACUCGGUCUCGACCCGCGGGCUUGUCCGGGUUGACGAGCUGGAGGGCACGCGCCUCGGCCAUUACGAGCGCCUUCCCGUUCAGGUGAUCCAGACGAACGCGCCAGACGGCGUCGUUCAAAACCAACUUCCGGUGCAGGCAGAAGCGUACUACGCGCACAGGACCUUCGGGCAGGGAUUGUGGGAGAGGAACGGGAGAAAGGGGUCGAGUGAGUACACGGAGAGAGACGCGCGUGGGUAUGUGAGAAGAGAAGACCGGCUCAAGGAUAGAACUUUUCUCGAUGAUGUCCGCUUCUUUGUGUCCUCUGGUGCCAAAAAUGACUAGCCGCUGUAAAAUUGUGGCGAUCCCAAGGGUAGUUUGGGAUUUAAGCGGAUACUGUAAUUUUAUUUCAUGACCAAGUUUUUAUUUUGUAUUUUCUAUUAAUUUGCAUAAUUGAACUUUUUUGUUUUGUUU